CUAGGGCAAGCUUCUUAUUCAAAACAUCUGGUUCUACAGUAACUAAUCACAGCAGACAUGCUACAACGAUUUCACAUUCUCCAUGAGUAAACACAGUCGCCUAUAUAUACCAAAGACUGACUUUACAAAAAUGAGGCUAGCUCUUUAAUUUAAUUUACCUGCCCAUCAUCUGGGAUAAGCUGCAUGAAUGCUAGGACGUAAUCACACGUUUUUGGUUACAGUUACUAACUGAGAUAAUCAUCAUAGGUGGCUUCUAAUGGAUAAAGGCCAGUGCAAAGCAAAGCAAAUGUCACAGGUUCAGACAGGUGCUGGAAGGCAGAAGGGUCUGAAGUGGCUGAAUAGCGGAGAAAAGCUUGUAGCUCUUCUCAUUGCCAGUCUCCUUCUUCAAGAUGCCGAGUCCCUCUAUAGGGAAAUAGAAAAGACCUUUUAUUUAAACCCCAUCCGUCCCGUGUACAGCCUGAAGACGCCCACCAAUGUCACCAUCUAUUUUACACUGUAUAGCAUCCUCGGGGUGGAUGAAAUGACCCAGAUAUUAACAACGUAUAUUUGGCUCACCCUGAGUUGGAAGAUUGAGUAUCUGAGCUGGGACCCUGUACAGUGUGGAACCGCAGUGGUCACUCUUCCCAGGGAAAAGCUUUGGAUGCCCGAUAUUGUUAUUAAUGAGUGUAUGGACAGGGACACGUCUCCCCGGAUACCUUACGUGCAUUUGGAUUCCUCUGGUUAUGUGACGGACAGUCGGCCAGUGAGAUCUGUCAGCUCCUGCAACCUGGACAUCUACACCUUCCCGUUUGACGUACAGAACUGUUCCUUGACUUUCAAUUCCUAUAUCCACACCUCUUCUGACAUUACAAUAAAUAUGGGCGAAUCAGGUGAAGAGUCACUGAUGUGGUCCAAUAUGGUGAUGAACACGAUUGAAGAAUGGGAACUAGUGGACAUCACUGUUUCUAAAACACAAUGCGAUUAUUAUAAUUAUUCUAUCUAUGACACAGUUGUCUACAAUAUCGUCAUGAGACGCAGGCCCACCACGUAUGUGGUGAACCUCCUGAUCCCCAGCUGCUUCCUCCUGAUCGUGGACCUCAUAAGUUUUCUUCUGCCACCAGAGGCUGUAGACCGUGCCACCUUCAAGAUGACCAUCAUCUUGGGCUACACUGUAUUCCUGCUCAUCAUGAAUAAUUUGCUACCUAGUACCGGAAAUACGCUUCCACUCCUUAAUGUCGUCUUCUCUGUCUGCCUGGCUUUGAUGGUAGCAAGCCUUCUGGAGACUAUCAUCAUUACCAAAAUCCUGUGCAAAUCCAAUCACUCCGCAGUACCUCACUGGGUCCAGAUCCUCGUUUUUAAAUACCUGGCCUGGCUUGUUCGCUUUCCCCAGAAACCGGGUGAUCAGGAGACAGAAACUUACUCACCUAUCACUCAAGCGGUGAAGAAUCCAGUGUCCAUGAGUGUUUCGGACCCAACCUCCAAUAAAUCCAGACUCCAGCUUGACGAUCCAGUCGUAGAGGUGCUGAAGAAGUUGGGUCAGGACCUUCUAGCCAUUCGCAUUGAGGUGGAGAAGCACCUCGCAUGCAGGAAUGCUGCUGAUGAGUGGGACCGGGUUGGACACAUUAUAGAUCGUUUUCUUUUCAUCCUCUAUGUCCUCUUUAUUUUCUUUAGUCUUAUUGCUUUUAUUAUGUUUUGGUUACAAUGGCUUGGUCAAUAGUCCAACUGUCUUAUAUGUGAGCUGUCACUGUACAUAAAAACGUUGGCCACGAAAUGGAAGUGCAAUUCAUCAUUUAUAAAAUUUGUACUUCAAAAUUGUAGCACUCUGCAAUUAUAACAAUGUUUCUUCAUUUGGACUACAGACUGUGUUUUGCCAGCUAUCCACUGUAGUCUAUCCAAUAAAUAUGGUUUCAUCUCCAUUUGAUUUCUAUGAGCUGCAAAGAUUUCACAAAUGUGGCAAUGACAAAAAAGAUAAAAGAAAAAUAACAAUUAAAAUAUAUAAAACAUGUCAACGAGCUGACAUUCAUCCACCUCUGUGAGCUCCGUGAUAUGAGGGCGGGAGGACAGGGUGGAGAACUUCAUUCCAGUGAGUGAUGAGC